CCCUGGCGCCGUAGCACAGUAUGUAAUUCUACCUUAAUUGUGGUCAAGUAUUGUUCAUAUGAUAGCUUCUAGUAUUUUGGAGGCUUAAAAAAGACAUUUUUAAGUAGUAUUGGUUCUAUUGCAUUUAUCGAGAAAUGUAUUUACCAAUUAAUGAUAAUAAUCGAUAAAGCCGUUUCGGAGGAGUACGGUAACUAACAUCGUGACACGGGAAUUUUAUAGAUGUUACACAAAAAUAGAUCGUAUUCAUAGUUUGAGCAAAAAAAUCGGUAACCGGAAAUAAUGUCACUUCUCGCACUAUUUACGUUGUUGUUUACCUUUAACGUUAGCCGGGGGUUGUAUUUACUUAAUGCAACAAAAGGGAUUCCAAAAGCCGAACUUGGUAGAAUUAUGAACUGAACACCAUCAUAGCUUUGGCAGUGUCUAUGUACAUGGUUGUAGGAUUUUUGAUGUCUGUAAUUUUAAUUGUAUUAGAGCUAGUUCAGACAUGGCGGAAUCCGUGCGGAUGCAAAUCGCGCGGUUCUAAACGCAAGUGUUCAGACAGACGCGGAUGUAAAUGCGGAGUGCCGUAAUCCGCAUAGAGUGACAGCGUUCUAGUCUAAUCAUGGAAGUCGAAGAAGCAAUAUGUGUGUACUUGUUGCUCCGUAAAAAAGAAAGAAAGAAGAAACGGCACUAUUGGGUGCAUCCAAUAUUACGUGAUCGGCUCACUCAUGGUCAGUUUCAGACUUUAUAUCCAAAAUUAAGAAGUUUUGAACCAAAAUUCUUUAAUUAUUUGAGAAUGUCGAUAAAUUCAUUUGAUGAAUUAUUAGAAAUGAUCAGUGAACAAAUUGCAUCUAAUGAUACCCAUAUGAGGUCAAGCGUGGCCCCAGAAGAAAAACUCGUGAUUACAUUAAGAUAUCUGGGUACUGGUUGUUCCUUUGGAGAACUGCAUUACAACUUUCGUCUUGGCAAAUCUACAAUUACAGGAAUUGUCCGUGAAGUAUGUGAAGCUCUGUGGGAAAAAGUCGCAAAAAAUGUCAUGCCUGAACCCAGCGAAAAUAUAUGGAAGAAAAUAGCUACAGAUUUUGAAAAAUAUGCAAAUUUCCCCAAUUGCAUUGGCGCCAUAGAUGGCAAGCAUAUAAGGAUUACAAAACCCAAUGAUUCUGGAUCUUUGUAUUAUAAUUACAAAACUUUUUUUUCCAUAGUGCUGUUGGCACUUUGUGAUAGUAACUAUUGUUUUUCUUUCAUAGAUAUUGGAUCAUAUGGAAAAAGUAGUGAUUCUGCAAUUUUUAAAAAUUCGGUAUUUUAUAAAAGAUUAAUAGAAAAGUCAUUACACAUACCAAAACCUAAACCAAUAUCUAACACAGAUCCUACGCCAUUGCCAUACGUCAUAGUUGGCGAUGAAGCGUUUGGUUUAUCCGAAACUGUAAUGCGACCCUAUGCAGGUAGAGGGCUAUCAUACGAAAAAAAUAUAUUUAAUUACAGGUUAUCAAGAGCUCGACGUUAUAUUGAAUGCACUUUUGGAAUUCUGGCAAACAAGUGGCGCAUUUUUCAUAGGCCUAUAAACGUUAAUAUAGACUUUGCCGAAGACAUAAUAAAGGCCUGUUGUGUGCUACACAAUUUUGUUAGAACUAGAGAUGGUAUACAGUUUGAAGAUACUUUAUAUACUGGGCCAAUGAGUAAUCUUAAUACAUUACAUGCAGGAAGGGGUACACCGUCAUCAUUAAAUAUUAGAGACAAAUAUGCUAAUUACUUUGUAAAUGAGGGUCGUGUAGAAUGGCAAGACACAAAAAUAUAAAAACUUGAGAGGUGUCAAGGGACACCCGGAUAGAACGAAGUUGACCUCACUGGAGGCGAGUAGCGAGGCGCGGUGUUUGCGUGCGUGAGAAUCGUGAGAUUUUUUUCCGUCUAGCCCCCUUUCACAACGCGCGAUAAGGAACUUCGUUCCAAAAUUAAAAUUUGUUACAGUUCGCGCCAAAUAACUAAACUCAAGAUGGCGUCGCGUCGGUUGCACAUAGUCACUAGCUACUCCGUUACUAUGCUAACGUGAUAUUUUUCCCGGGCCCGAUACUUACCUCCAAUCACAAUAACAACAUUUUUAUAUAGUUUAGUUACUUGGGGUGGACUGUCAAUUACAAAAUAUGUAAACUACCCUGAUAAAUGUAAAAUUAAAUACAUACUGACCAAAAAGAACCUUUUUUUCCAAAGAAUCCUCAUUUUCUCCAAAAAUCUCCACCAGCUCCGUUUCUAAUAAUUUUAUUGGAAUAU